AGGGAGCGGCGGCGUUUCCCCUCGUCAAGAUGGCGGCGGCACCGUCGGUGCGGUUCCCGCGCCGCGCCCCGCGCAGGCUCCGCGCCGCGCUCCGCGCGAUGCCGAUUAUGUCGUAACCACAGAACUACCGUGCAGUGAUGGAAUCACUGGACACCGAGGUGAGGGCACGGAAGACCCUGGGGACUGUGGAGUACGUGGAGUCGUCGGGCUUCGCGCAGGGGGUGCUGCCCACCAAGAAGGAUGUGGUGCAGAACAUGCUGUACCUGCUGCAGCCCAAGAGGGCCGGCCAGGCCCAGCGCUCCAAGGAGGACGCGGCCCAGCUGCUCGCAGAGCACCUGCAGGAGCACUGGCUGGUCUGCAACCUGCACACCAUCGCCACGCAGAACAUAAAGAAACUCAUCCUCAAAAUGUACGAGGAGUUCACCCGACUGUACCAGACCAGGAAGCAGAGACAGAACCAGGCUUUUUCCGAGCGAGCCGACAGAUUCAACGAGAGUUCAGAGAAGCUCUUUGAUGUGUUUUGUACAGACACACAGUUGAGGGAUAAACUGGAGGAGUACAGUGGGAUAAAAAUGACCAGCAUCGAGUGGAAGUUUCUGGAAGAUCAGAGGAACGAGAGAAAAAUGUACUACGAAGAUUUCACAGAGAAGCAGGAGCUGAAGAUGAUGGAGAGAAGGCAGAAGAUACAGUGUCUGGAGCACUUCAGGAAGCUCGCCAGGGAAGAGAAGGAGAGCAACAAGGCAAAGGAGAUGAAGUACAAGGGCGAGGAGCAGUCGGAUGAGGGCACAAGCGUGGACGAGCUGUACCCUGUGGAGGAGGAGAACGGCGGUGCCCCGGCCUUCUCGCUGCGGGGCCGGCGGAAGCGCCGCAGCACCGCCACUGCCGCCGGCACUGACCUGCCCCUGGAGGGCGAGCACAUACGGAUGAGCAUCCGCAGGGUCAGGCCUGGCUUCUACGAGACUGUGGAAAAGGUGAAAAACUGCUAGCGCCCGCCGCUGAGAGCGGGCAGAGCUGCUGGAGUACAAGGUGGCAAUGCACACGUUAGGCAAGUUUGAAAUCCCACCAUUCAUUGGAAGUGAUUGUUGUAGAUCCUCAAGCCAGAGCUCAGGAACAUGCUGCCUCCAGGGAAGAGGGCUGGGAUGGUGACAAUGAUAGCAAGGACUAAACCAUAUGGAUUUGGAAGGAUGAGCUGUCAGCAGCCAGCGAUGCCAAGGCUCAGAUGUAGAGGAUGAUCCAAGGUUACGUAGCACGUAAGCCUCUUCUUCCAAGGUCUUGUCUGCAUCCGUGGGGUUUGGAAGUCUCAACAUUUCUGAGCCAGUGGUGGCCUAACAGCGUGAAUCAGGACACGGAUUUACUGCAGGGUGGUAACUUGGACUUGUUGCUGACAGAAAAUCCCUGUGCUGAAGAGCCCUGGCUGCAGUGGGGGUGAAAGAUGCUUGGCCUCUUCCUGCGGGAGCUGGCGUUUCUGCCAGGAAGGAAGUGGGUUUGCAGCGUGUGUCACCAGCCCCGGAGAGGCAUGCUGUGCUUUUGGAAAGGGACUGGUCUCCUGCUUGAGGAGCAGGCAGAGAGCAGAAGACAGUGGAGUGCUUUGGCUGUUAAAGCAUUGGUGAUUCUGAAUGUUUUAUUCUAGAUUCUAUUUUACCAACGUUUCCUUGAUCAGGAUAAACCUUCCCGUAACUGGAUGAGUUUUAUCAUGAAGUCCCUAAUCUAGGAUCUGGGGUGUGAAUCCUAAAUGAAGUGGUAAUGUUUUAUCUUUGGGGGGAGGGGGUUAACAUAGGAGAAAAUGCAAAUUGCAUUAUUUAGUUUUAAGAUGAGAGUAAUUUUAUAAACUGUUAUACUGCCUUUAUAGGACAUAGGGAAGAAUAAGCCUUCCCAGGUGUAGCUGUGGUGUUCACAGCAGCAGGCACCGACAUCUGGGCUUGCUCUUCCACCCCCGAGGUGGUGUCUGUAGACCAGCAGGGGGGAGAUGGUAGUUUUCCACCCGGAGGUUGUUUGAACAAAGCGUGACCCUCUUGCCCACGUACAUCCUGAGCACCGACUAUCUGUGACAUUUUAGUUAAGAGUUGCUUUACUGGUUUUUAAAGGUGAGAGACUUGAACUUCCAGUGAAACCCAGUGCUGGAGAUCUCUCUGGUGAGAUGCCCAAACCUUGCCAGACCACACUGAAAAUGGAAAACCCCCAAGUCUCUAUGUGUCCACAAAAGAUCUGUGGUAGAAAGAGCGCAAACUUGCCUGGUUUUAAAAUUUACCUUCCAGUGUGAAUGUUGGUUUCCCCACUCCAGUAUCUCAGCUUUUCCCCGUUUCUUUCCUCUCCGUCCUGCACAUCAUUUACUGACGUUAACUCGUGCUCUUUCAUUCUUUGGCUUUUGCUCCCUUUAACAAUAAAUGCAUGUACGAAUAA